UCCGGAGGGAGCGCGGCCCCGGAGGGGGCCCCCGGCCUGCUAGGGGCGCCGCUGGCUCCCGGCGGCCCGGCCAUGGCCUUCACGUUCGCCGCUUUCUGCUACAUGCUCUCCCUGGUGCUGUGCGCCGCGCUCAUCUUCUUCGCCAUCUGGCACAUCAUCGCCUUCGAUGAGCUGAGGACGGAUUUUAAGAGCCCCAUAGACCAGGGCAACCCCGGGCACGCGAGGGAACGUCUGAGGAACAUCGAGCGCAUCUGCUUCCUCCUGCGGAAGCUGGUGCUGCCCGAGUACUCCAUCCACAGCCUCUUCUGCAUCAUGUUCCUGUGCGCGCAGGAGUGGCUCACGCUGGGCCUGAACGUGCCCCUGCUGUUCUACCACUUCUGGAGGUACUUCCACUGCCCGGCGGACAGCUCGGAGCUGGCCUACGACCCGCCGGCCGUCAUGAACGCGGACACCCUGAGCUACUGCCAGAAGGAGGCCUGGUGUAAGCUGGCCUUCUACCUCCUGUCCUUCUUCUACUACCUGUACUGCAUGAUCUACACCUUGGUGAGCUCCUAACUCAGAGGCCAUGCACACCCGUCGCCAGAGACUGGACGGCAGCACGCCGAGCUGAGCUGUCGCUUCUGCGGGCGACAGAGGGAAAAAAGGACAAAAGGGACGGGGUGGGGCUGUGAGAAGAGGCCUGGCCACACUGACUGCCUCGGGAGGAGCGGAUCGGCGACAGCAGGAGCCGAGUUAACAGAAUUAACCGCUGAGCGUGGCCACCUGAGGACCACAGGGCUGCGAUCUGCGUACACCCUGCACCCGGCCUGCAGCUCCGGGGAGCGGGCGAGCAAACACAGACCGACCCUGAGCACACAUCGCUGUGUCCCAAGCCUGCUUCCUCUCAUCUCAUCUCACAGCUCCCAGCGGGCCCGCUCCGGCUCCCUGGACCUCGGGCGUGGGGGCUGGGGGGCCCUAAGGCGCCCGCUACCGGGAUGGAAUGGCCCAGACAGACUCAGGCGAGUCCGUGGGACCCAGGGAGGGCCUCCGGGGACCCAGCUGCCCAGCUCUGAGGGUUCCUCCCUGCCAGGGCCGGCUCUGUGAGAGCCCAGCUCGGUGACGCCCUGCGCCGGGCUUGGGGCGGCGUGUGUCGCUAAUAAAGUUGCCCAAAGUCACGGACGUGGGGGGUGGGGAUGGGCUGGAAGGGAAGGGGGAACCAGGAAAAAAUGACUUUGAGAAACGUGGACUCCAUGUUCAAGGCCAAAGCCAUCACAGCCCC